CCCAACCCUCCCCAGCCCCCCCCCCCCCCCAGCCCCCACCCCCCCCCACCCCCCCCCCCCCCCCCCCCCCCCCCCCCCCAGCACCCCCCCAACCCCUCCCCAGACCCCCCCACCCCUCCCCCGCCCCCCCCCCCCACCCAGCCCCCCCCCCACCCGCCCCCCCAACCCCCCCAGCCCCCCCCACCCUCCCCAGCCCCCCCAGCCCCCCCCCCCCCCCCCUCCCCAGCCCCCCCCAACCCUCCCCAGCCCCCCCCCCCCCCCCCCCCCCCCCCCCCCCCAACCCCCCCACCCCUCCCCCAGACCCCCCCGCCCCCCCCCAACCCCCCCCCAACCCCCCCAGCCCCCCCCCAGCCCCCCCCCGCCCCCCCCCCCACCUCCCCCCCACCCCCCCAGCCCCCCCCCAGCCCCCCCCCCCCCCCACCCCCCCCCCCCAGCCCCCCCCCCCCCCCCCCCCCAGCCCCCCCCCCCCCCCUCCCCCAACCCUCCCCCGACCCCCCAACCCUCCCCAGCCCCCCAACCCUCCCCAGGCCCCACCCCCCCACC